AUGCCCCGGAGUCCCACGUCCAGUGAGGAUGAGAUGGCCCAGAGUUGUUCUGACUACUCAGAGGACUCCACCUCUGACAGCUCCCGUGAGGAGACCAUCUACGAGACCAUAAGAGCCACCGCCGAGCCGGCCCCCGGACACAUGGACGACAUACACACUCACUCCCUGGUCGUCCGCAUCGCCAUCCCCGACCUGCAGCAGACAAAAUGUAUGCGGUUCAACCCCAACGCGACCGUCUGGGUUGCCAAGCAGAGGAUCCUGUGCUCGUUGAACCAGAGUCUGAAGGAUGUGUUGAACUACGGCCUCUUCCAGCCCGCCAUAAACGGACGAGACGGAAAGUUCCUGGAUGAAGAACGCCUCCUCCUGGAAUACCCACAGCCAAUCAGCAAAGGAGUUCCAUCUCUGGAGUUCCGCUACAAGAACCGAGUCUACAGGCAGCCCCAUGUGGAAGAGAAGCAGAUUGCCAAACUUCACACCAAGGCCAACUUGAGAAAGUUUAUGGACCUCAUCCAGCACCAUCAGGUGGAGAAAGUAUCUAGGCUGCUGGAGAGAGGGCUGGACCCCAACUACCAGGAUACAGAGACCGGUGAGACCCCCCUGACAUUUGCGGCCCACCUGGAUAACGUGGUGGAGAUCAUAAAGGUUCUGAAGAAUGGAGGGGCCCACCUGGACUUCAGGGCCAAAGACGGCAUGACGGCCCUACACAAAGCUGCUAGGUCCAAGAACCAGGUUACUCUGACGACCCUGUUGGAGCUUGGUUUGUCUCCAGACUAUAAGGACAGUCGGGGUCUGACGGCACUCUAUCACACAGCCAUGGUGGGAGGAGACCCGUUGUGCUGCGAGUUGCUGCUACAUGAACACGCCACCGUCUGCUGCCAGGACGAAAACGGCUGGCACGAAGUCCACCAGGCUUGUCGGAAUGGCUUUGUCCAGCACCUGGAGCAUCUGCUGUUCUACGGGGCGGACAUGAGCGCACAGAACGCGUCAGGGAACACAGCGCUGCACAUCUGUGCUCUCUACAAUCAGGAUAACUGUGCCAGGGUGCUGCUGGUCCGUGGAGCCGACAAAGCGGUGAAGAACUACAACAGCCAGAGUCCCUUCCAGGUGGCCAUCAUCGCCGGGAACUUUGAACUGGCCGAACUGGUCAAGAACCACAAAGAGACAGAUAUAGUGCCUUUCCACGAGGUCCCGGAAUACUCCAAGCGGCGUCGGGCCCUUCCCCCUACCAGCAGCAGCGGUGGCUCCCUGGCGGCCCCCCGGGUCCUGCUGCGCUCCAACAGUGACAACAACUUCAAAGUGAGCCAAGGGCCCCCCCAGGACUGGUCCCAGCCCCAGGGACACCCCCAGCACCACGGACCCCAACACGGAGGGGUCGGACCCCCCACCUCCACCUCCCACCAUAUCCUCUCUCCACAGCUGCUCGGGCAGAUACAGGGGAACCCCAAUGGCACUGUGAGCACCAUGGGCCAGGGGUCCCGCAGUACCAGCGUGGGGGUGGUCCCCCGGAGUCGGUCCCCGUCCCUCAACCGGCUGGGAGAGGAGGCCCGCAGGCUGCACCCGCAGACACAUGUACAGACACAGCAGACACAUGUACAGACACAGCAGACGCAGCACAGACAGCCCAGCCCCAGUGGUAAUAUGGAGGUGGUGGUCCAGCGGAGGAAGCUGUACAGUGCUGUGCCAGGGAGGCACUUUGUGGUGGUCCACGCCUACCACCCACAGGCCGAGGGAGAGAUCACCCUCUACAAGAACGACAGGGUUAAAGUUCUGAGCAUCGGAGAGGGGGGGUUCUGGGAAGGCAGUGCACGUGGCCAGGUGGGCUGGUUUCCUGCGGAGUGCGUGGAGGAGAUUCCUGCCAAGCCCAGCGAGGAGAGGAUGCACACAAGAGCUGACCGCUCGGACAAGAGGAAACUCUUCCGACACUACACUGUGGGUUCCUACGAUAGCUUUGACGCCUCCAGCGACUGCGUGGUCGAGGAGAAGACGGUGGUCUUGACCAAGAAGGAGAAUGAAGGCUUCGGCUUCGUGCUGCGAGGGGCCAAAGCGGACACGCCCAUCGAGGAGUUUACUCCCACCCCUGCCUUCCCAGCCCUCCAAUACCUGGAGUCGGUGGAUGAGGGAGGAGUGGCCUGGCAGGCGGGACUUAGGACCGGGGACUUCCUCAUUGAGGUAAGUGUGAGAACUGUGGUGAAGGUGGGCCACAGGCAGGUGGUCAACAUGAUCCGUCAUGCAGGGAACAGCCUCAUCAUCAAAGUGGUAACGGUCAGCAGGAAUAUGGACCCAGAGGACACCGCACGCAAAAAAGCCCCCCCACCGCCAAAGAGAGCCCCCACAACCGCCCUGUCUAUGCGCUCCAAGUCUAUGACCUCUGAACUGGAAGAACUAGAUAAAGUGGACGAGGUGUCACCUUCCCAGAAUGCCGUGGACAUGAAGGUGGCCACCGUUAAGCCACGCCCCUCCAGCCGCUGUUUGGUCACGCCUACUGACAUGAAUUCCAUGUACGACCGCCAGGGGGGUGUGGCAGUGGUACCACCCACCAUGCCAGGCAGUCCUAGAGGGGGGGCAUUCCUGGGCAUACUUGCCAAGGGUGGCACCAUGAGGAGACAGAAGUCCAUAGGUAUAACAGAAGAGGAGAAGACGCUCCUCACCCCUCCCCCACUCAAGUUCACCCGCAGCCUCUCCAUGCCCGACACGUCCGAGGACAUUCCCCCUCCCCGGCCUCUCCCCCCGUCUCCCCCUCCUUCCAACUCUCCAUCCGUCUCCACCACGCCACGGGGCUUAGGCACCAACCGACCGGGCCUCACCCUCAACUCCGCUGGAAAAUGUUCCAACACCACUAUCCUUGGCAACCGCACGGUAGAUGUAGGGACGCUAAGGCGAGGUUAUCACCGCCAGAGCUCAGAACAGUACGAUAGUAGAAGCCGAGGACGGGCACCGGUGCCCGAGAACCCGUACUCGGAGGUGGGCAACAAGGCGCUGUACGUGCCUGCCAAGCCGGCGAGGAGGAAGGGCAUGCUGGUCAAGCAGCCCAAUGUGGAGGACAGCCAGAGAAGACCUGCUAGGACCUUCUCGUCCAUUCCCAUCCCCACCAUCAUCGUCAAGGAGCCGUCCACCAGUAGCAGUGGAAAGAGCAGCCAGGGCAGCAGUAUUGAGAUCGAGCCCACCACGCCCGAACACCCACCCUUAACACCCGGGGCAGGGCAGGGGCUGAGGCCUGAAGACCCCAUUGUCAACAACCCCUUUGCGGCUGCCAUCGCAGGGGCAGUGAGGGACCGGGAGAAGAGGCUGGAGGCGCGGAGGAGCUCGCCCGGCUUCCUCUCCACCGAUGGGGAUGAGGACUUGGGAGACCAGGCCCCGCGCCUAUGCCAGUCCAAGUCUAUCGACGAGGGCAUGUUCAGCAAUGACGAGCACCUGCAGAGGAUAAUGGCUCCCCCGCGGCCUCCACCCUGCUGCGUCCCAAGAAGGGGGUGACCUGGGGGUAACGUGACAGACUUCAACACCCCUGAGCCCACCCAGGUGGUGAGGGAGCCCCUGACCUCGCGUACCGGCCAGUACCCCAACCUGGACAGCCCCGUCAGUCUCCCGGCCACUCCGCCCAAGACCUACAGCUCCAACGGAGGAAGGGACUACCUGCACCCUGUCACAGGUAAGGCCCUGGACCCUAACUCGCCCCUCGCCCUGGCGCUGGCGGCCCGGGACAGAGCCAUGAAGGAGCAGACACAAACGACCAUGGCAAUGCAAGCCCCACCCCCUUCUCAACCUCAACCGCUCCCCAAGAGCGAUGGCCCCCAGUCCCUCCCUCCCAACUCCCACAAACCUGGCCUCAAUCAGCCCCUCUUCAUCGAUACCAAGCUCCGCUCCAACACCGAGGCAAGCUUCGCUACCUCCACGACAACCCUGGGGCGAGGCAGAGUGGUAGGCCUGAAGAGGCAGAUGACGGAGCAGAAAUACGAGUCGGAUGGAGCAAGGAGGAGAGGGCAGCAGGCGGAGCAGGGGAAGAGCAUACAGAUCGACGUUGUGGACACGUCACAACCGCAGAAAGCUGCCGGGCUGCUGAUGGUGCACACCAAAAAACAGCCCAGAGGGGGAAGACAGGGGGCAGGAAACACACCAGCCCAGGACAACAGCAUCCCCAGUGAACUGAGAGACCCCAACCAGCCAAACCCCCCCACCAACAGUCACAGUUCCAUGCCCCUGCCCCCUGUGCCGCGGGGGAAGAGCAUCACGGGGGGGUCGGUGGACGAGCCAGUCAAGCUGCCCUUCCGCAUGCCCCCCCCGCUGGCCUCGGUGGACAUCGAGGAGGUGGAGGAGUUUGUCUUCUCCGAGCCCUUGCCGCCGCCGCUGGAGUUCGCCAACAGCAUCGACAUCCCUGAGGACCAGGCAACGGCCAUCGCUGAGUUGCUCAAGCAACGGGACCAAGAGAGACCAACGGUAUGGGGACAGGGGGCCAAAUCCACCCCCAUACUACACCCACCCCGCCCCCUGUCGGCCAGUUCCGACGGGAAGCGGGAUGUCCAAUUGCGUGCCCCCACCCUCCUAUCCUCCUCCGGCCCCCGACGGUGCUUUGAGCAAGGUGUCACUGACUCAGGCAUCGAGGAGGUAGACAGUCGCAGCAGUGGAGACCCCCAUUAUGGAGACUACCAGCACAAUUUCCACAGUUUCCAGCAUCUCUAUACUGUCGUCGGAGGGCGGUGGGCACCGGUGCCCGAGAACCCGUACUCGGAGGUGGGCAACAAGGCGCUGUACGUGCCUGCCAAGCCGGCAGAGAGGAAGGGCAUGCUGGUCAAGCAGCCCAAUGUGGAGGACAGCCCAGAGAAGACCUGCUGUGCCCCGCCCUCAGAGCCCAUUUCCAUGCCGACCACACCCACUGAGAGGACCUCUCGUCCAUUCCCAUCCCCCCAUCAUCGUCAAGGAGCCGCCGUCCACCAGGGGCAGGGGCUGAGGCCUGAAGACCCCAUUGUCAACAACCCCUUUGCGGCUGCCAUCGCAGGCAACUUCAACACCCCUGAGCCCACCCAGGUGGUGAGGGAGCCCCUGACCUCGGCGUACCGGCCAGUACCCCAACCUGGACAGCCCCGUCAGUCUCCCGGCCACUCCGCCCAAGACCUACAGCUCCAACGGAGGAAGGGACUACCUGCACCCUGUCACAGUAAGGCCCUGGACCCUAACUCGCCCCUCGCCCUGGCGCUGGCGGCCCGGGACAGAGCCAUGAAGGAGCAGACACAAACGACCAUGGCAAUGCAAGCCCCACCCCCUUCUCAACCUCAACCGCUCCCCAAGAGCGAUGGCCCCCAGUCCCUCCCUCCCAACUCCCACAAACCUGGCCUCAAUCAGCCCCUCUUCAUCGAUACCAAGCUCCGCUCCAACACCGAGGCAACUUCGCUACCUCCACGACAAACCUCGGGGCGAGGCAGAGUGGUAGGCCUGAAGAGGCAGAUGACGGAGCAGAAAUACGAGUCGGAUGGAGCAAGGAGGAGAGGCAGCAGGCGGCAGCAGGAUGGGAAGAGCAUACAGAUCGACGUUGUGGACACGUCACAACCGCAGAAAGCUGCCGGGCUGCUGAUGGUGCACACCAAAAACAGCCCAGAGGGGGAAGACAGGGGGCACAUUCAUGCCCCCCCCUGUGCCGCGGGGGAAGAGCAUCACGGCUGGGGUCGGUGGACGAAGCCAGUCAAGCUGCCCUUCCGCAUGCCCCCUCCCCCGCUGGCCUCGGUGGACAUCGAGGAGGUGAGGAGUUUGUCUUCUCCGAGCCCUUGCCGCCGCCGCUGGAGUUCCAACAGCAUCGACAUCCCUGAGGACCAGGCAACGGCCAUCGCUGAGUUGCUCAAUUCCGACGGAAGCAUGUCCAAUUGCGUGCCCCCACCCUCCUAUCCUCCUCCGCCCCCCGACGGUGGCUUUGAGCAAGGUGUCACUGACUCAGGCAUCGAGGAGGUAGACAGUCGCAGCAGUGGAGACCCCCAUAUUGAGACUACCAGCACAAAUUUCCACAUUUCCAGCAUCUCUAUACUGUCGUCGGAGGCGGGUACAACAGCGCCCUAGAACACUUCUAUGGUCUAUACUGAUGGCCAGGCUUACCUCGAUGACCGACCCCCCGUUCCCCCCAAGCCCAAAAACAAGCCUAUCAUCAAAAAGAACACUGCACUUUACCACGACGUCCUCAUAGAGGAAUCCCUGGACUCCUUCGGGGCGCCCCCUCCUGUCCCCCCUCCUCCAACCCGGGUCCAUGUCCCCCCCGACCUCCCCAGGACCCCUACCUAUCGGUCGUCCAAGCUGUGGGGCGAGCCCCCGGAGCUAAGGAGCCCACCCACGUCCGACCCCAAGCCACGGUUAUCAACGAGUAUGAGCUCCAUCUUAUCACAGAUGUACCGGCCCCAAACCGGGGACUCCUUCGACUCACCCACCACAGGGGCCAUGGGCGGCUUUGGAACUAGUACUCUCGGCGAUCCCCACUUCCACACCAAGCCUCAGCAGGUUUACCACAUGUCAAGCUCUCCAGCCUCAGGAAGCCAACGGAACUCCAGCGUGUCCUUCAGCCUGCCCCCCUCCUCCUGCACCCCUCCUUCCAGCCUGCCCCCUCACCUCUGCAGCCCCCCGGACACCUCGUCCCGCUCCUCACCCCCCUGCCCCUCCUCUUUACCCCACUCUGCCUCGCCCAGCCUCAGCGACCUCUUCGGCCUGCCCACCCCACCCGUGGGGAGUGCGAGUGGCUUCGGCAGCAUGGGCGGUAGCCUUGGUGGAGGGUCCUCGUGCGGGGACUCGCGCUCCCCCUCGCCACUCACCCUAAUGCAGGCCGUAGCCACCUCGGGCAAGCCCUUCGCCUCCAAGCCCGUGGAGCUGUGGAGCAAGCUGGAUGUGGCCGACUGGCUGGACAGUCUGAAUUUGUCGGAGCAUAAAGACGCCUUCCUGGACAACGAGAUCGAGGGCGCCCACCUGCCCUCGCUGCAGAAAGAGGAUCUGAUAGACCUGGGGGUGACGCGGGUGGGCCACCGCAUGAACAUCGAGAGGGCCCUCAAAAUGCUGCAGGACAGAUAAAGCCAGGGGGUGUGGAUUUAUCUGAAACACUCUCUGUCCUACCUGUUCUCCUUUUCUGUCUGGGACGAUUUAGGAAUCGGCCUCUGACUCCUCCCUUCCUGCCUCGACUGUGGCGUGUAUGCGUUUGAUCAUUCCCAUUCUGCUUCCCGAGUAUCAGGGGAUGUCGGAAUCCUGGAGGAACUGCAUCAAUCCAGAAUGSAGAAAAAGUGGGAAAAAAUCCUGUAUCUUUUUAGGGAUGCUCAUGUCACCACACUUUGGAAUAUUCUUGAAAGGUAGCCCUCAAACACUUUGAAAUACUGAUAGAAAUCCAACCUGGACAUUUUUUGGAAUACUAAAGACUACAUCUCCCAAUUUGCUUGGGAAUACUCAAUACUUUUUCAAGCUCCCACAGUGCGGGUGUUUGAAGCCAGCUGAGCUGGUCGGCGCUCCUUUUCUAUCUUUGCUAGAGUUUCUUCAGAGAAUAUUUCGUCACUAGACGUCAAACCGUGGGUUGUGUUUAUGGAUGCAUCUGACGUUGUAGAGACAUUUGAAAAACAUUAGGAAACGAGAACCUUUGCAGAAAUGUUUCGCUUAAUCCUAAACCAUAGCACUCGCUGCAAGCAAAUACACACACACACACACACACACACACACACACACACACACAGAUCCGGCAAUGGCCUUCUCCUGAGAGAGAGAGAGACAUAAUGAUGUGUUAGUCUUUUCUAAUGCAUGGCUGGAGGGGCUCUACUGUAGCAGGCACCACUGUUCCCUUCACAUCCCUGUUCACUGUGGAAGGUGUGUGUAUUUGCGUUUUUGUCAGAGAUAUGUUUGUGAGGUGUGUGUGCGCGCACGCUGUGGGAGGUUUGUUAAAUGGGUUUUUAGAAAGACACGAGCGAGAGUGUAAGGCCUAGAUUCAAUCAAAUCCAGCGUGAAGCAGUGUUAGCCGACACCCGCAUAGCUGAUGUGUUGGCGGUGUCGGAAGUGUAACUGUGUUGGAGCUGUCAAAUCGGUGGUCGUUGUUACGAAGCCACACCCAUUCCUUUCGUGUUUAGAAGUUCAAAAAGAGAAAGUGUACGCUAUAUAGAAAUAAUAUAGCAUACAAUAAUACGCUCAAAUCGAAAAUCAUGAAACAAAAUAAUGAGGAUCUUCUAUCAACCUGAUCAAGGUGUCGGCUGCUUCUCACAUUCCGGUGUUCGAACUUGUGAACAGGGCUGCGUGGGAUUUAUCCUAAUGCGACUCCGUGCAGCCAAUGGCAAUGUCUGUUUUAGGUAUAAUGCCAGGAGCCGCUUGUGGAUUUGACAGCUCUAACACAGUUCCACUUCCGACACUGCCAAAACAACCCUACACUGGUGUUGGCCGGCGCGGAUCUGAUAUAAUCUAGCCCUAAGUGUUGGCGUCAUGUGUGUUUUCAUCGUCUUCCACACACUUGACAGUGACCCGGACAGGAGUGGAAUGCCAGACCCCUACUCCCUACCCCCGAACCAACCAACCUCCCUCCAGGCCUAUGACAGAAAUAAUCCACCUAUCACAACAACAAUUUCCCUGCCAUAAUAUCACCAUCGCUCUCCUCUCUAUUCAGCCAUCUUUAAUCAUGUCUAAUCACUGAGUGAUUCCUUUCACAGAUCAAACAUUGUUUUUAUAUUAACACCAGUGUGUGCUGUUGUGUUAUAGGUGAGGGUUAACAAUUUGUUGACAUAAUGAUUCUCGGCGAGUAGUUGAAGACAACCAUUUAAAGGAUGAGUGCAAAACGGGUGUUACUUUGUGAUCUGUGUUAACAUAGGACACUGUGGUUGACUGUGUGCUUGUUUUUAGACAGCUAACCUAUACUGUGCAUUGCAGGGGCCAAGAAUACUAUGAAUUCACUCAAAUCUGCUACCCAGACAUUCACACAAUCACCGAAGAGGAUAAAAAUAAAAAAAAGAUUUCAAGGAACAUUUAAAAAGUUUGUGUAUAGUCAGUGUUUGCAUUGCCGAUGAAUCACAAAAUGUAUUUAUUGACGAGAAGAGGUGUUAGUCCUACCUGGUGUUUCCAGAGGGAAGAAAAGAGGUGUGACACAGCAGCACCAACUGAGCAGCUAUUGGAGGGGUAUGGUUUGAUCCAGGCAAUAAAGGCUUUCGAUGAUGCAUUUGGUCCCUGUUCGUUUGAGAGGGAGAGUCCUCCGUAACACUUUACUUAAGCCUGCAGGUAAUAACCCUUUUAUAAGGCUUGCUUAUAAAAAGUUAUAAAGUAUUAUUACUACAAGCUUCAAGUAAAGUGUUACUGAGUCCUUUUCUCAACACCAGUGAUGUGUUGAGAAAAGUAGAACAAGAUUAUCUUGCAAUCAAAGCUCCCAUCUGACCGCCGAUCAAUUGUCUCCAUCCUUUUUCUAGAAACACCGUUAUGUCAAUGUUAAUGUGAGAACUGCCGAUAGGUCAGUACCCAGGAAGUGUUUGGUGGCAUUGAUUUGAAGUAAAGUGAAUACAUGUAUUGUUUUGAAUGUGUAUAAAGGAAUGAUUUAAAGAAAAGAGUACAUCUAUAGAAUAAUUAUAUGUGUAAUAUUUCUAAAAGGUUCAGAGAGAGAAUUUCUAUGAAAGACUAUGGCCAUUGCAUCCACCCUCAGAACUUGUUUCCUUGUCACUCUAUCCCUGUUUUGUGAUUGGAUACAUAGUGCCCCAUUUCUGGCCUCUCUGCCUCUGAACUAGAUUAGAACUACCCCAGAAGGGACUGCAAGGAGAAGUGUGGAAGCCAUGUAUGCCACUGUACCCAGAUGACAUAUAUAUUAUAACAUAUCACUAAAAAAGUGAACAGUAUUUUGGUGUCAUUCGAGACAUAGCCAUGAUUCUAUCAGUUCACAGUGAUGUUCUAUGAACAUAACCAUGAUUGUUUGGAUUGUGUGCAAUUUAGGGUCUCCUGUUGGACAAAAAAAAAGCUACCUUGGUGAGAUUCCUUCUUCUCUCUCCCGGUCCCUGUGUGCAACUGUAUGAUGAUGAAGGGAAGACAAGGGGUGAUAAAAAAAAAAGGGAAUACCAGGCCGACAGAAAGAGAGGACUUGCAGGAGUUAUAACGCUGCUAUAAUCCAUUAAUUAUUUUAAAAGAAUCAACAAAAGUGACAUAGAAAAAAGCACAGUAUUUUUUAUGAUUUAUAUAGAAUUAUAUGGAAUUUUAUAAAAGACAUUUUGGAGAAGAAUAUUCAACUCUGAAGUGUGGUUUGCCAAAAAGUGAAGAAAAAACAACUAUAUUAUAUAUAAAUAUAUAUUAAUAGAAAUUAAUAUUAUCAGAUUUAUGAGGAAACUAAGAAGCAAUAUUUAUACUGAAUGGAUCUCCUUGGUUGUGGUUUUGCCCAGUUUUAAGAUGAACUAUCAUUAUAUAUUAUCACCUGUUGAUGUUAUGAACACUGAUAGAUGAAGUGGACAGAAGACAUUUGUCCAAUCAAAAUAUAUUUUAUAUACUAUCCUCUGGCCAUCACCUGCCUAUCUUGAAUAUUGUAAUUUUUGACAAUUCCAAUCGCUUAGUCUGCAUAAAAUGUGUGUAUAACGCUUUACAUUUAUACAUAUCCUCACAGUCCACUGGAUCGAAAACUGUCCCGAUGACACUUUUAUGCUCAACUUAUAUAGAAAUGUACAAAAAAAAAAKAACAUAUCACUAAGCUAAUUUAUAUGUGGAAUCGUAGAACUGAGUAGUGGUAUUAAGAUGCUAUACAAAUCAUCACUGUGUGACUAUAAGGCUAUGCUACAUAAGGACUGGCAUGGCUCACAAUCCCCCCUACCAUCACAACACAGUCCUUCACUUACCCAUCGGCAACUAUUUGGAUACUUUUGCUAUUUUCUCUUCUUCUUUUAUCUCUUCUUUUAUUUUUCAUUCUACAUAAAUACCAAGACGUUUCCGUCUUUUUUGUGUAUAUUUGUGUUCGUGUUCUCUAUGUUGUAAUUCCUCAUUACGUAGAGUCGACGAUCUAAUUAUCAAAAUGAAAAAGAAAGAGAAGUUUCUUGUCACUGCACUCUUCCUUCCCCCCSCAAAUCCUCAAUACUUCUUGUAUGGCAACCAAAAGAUACUGUAAGAAAUAAAUAUAAUAUUGCA